AUGUACUCCGUCAGCCCCAGUGAUGUAGAACGCUAUCAUCUUCGAUUAUUACUGUUAUAUACUCCUGGUGCCUGUAGUUUCGAUGAUCUCAAAACAGUGGACGAUCAAGUCUGUCAAACAUUUAUUGAAGCUGCUAAAAGACGAAGUCUAUUACGUGAUCAUACUGAAUAUGAAAGAUGCAUGCCUGAAGCCGUUAUCUUCCAGAUGCCACAACAGCUAAGAACACUUUUCUGUGUAAUACUUCUAUACUGUAAUCCAACAAAACCUGUAGACCUCUGGAAUUCGUUUAAAGCACAUAUGGCCGAGGACUUCAUGCAACAGGUAGAUGCUGAAAUAGCAGAAGCAAUGGCAUUUUAUGCAAUCGAUUGA